GUGAAACGUGAUAUCAGCAGCAUGCUGAUCCUGGACACUUGUUGACUCCUACAAACUGCCAUUCUCAGCUGCAGAAAGCAUCCACCAUCCACCAUCUUAAACUUAGAGACUUUGUGUGGCUCACCAUUUUUGCCUUGGGAUCUAAAGAUUUCCACCUGUCUUUAGAUUUGCCCGUUGCCAUGUCCUCAUCGGGUUCUCUUUUGUCCGAGGAUUUGUUCCAGUGCACGGUGUGUCUGAAUGUUUUUACCCAGCCUGUCUCUCUCCCUUGUGGGCAUACGUUCUGCCUCUCCUGCAUCCAAACUCAAUGGGUGACAACCGGCUCCCCUCACUGCCCAAAAUGCUUGGUAGUUUUCCAAGCACCGCCAGAGCUCCGGGAGAACUCCUUUGCUGAUGAGAUGGCCAGGCAGAUACGGGAGCAAAAAGGGAAAACAACAACGGAGCACCAUGGUUCCCAAGUGGCUGUGUGUGACCUGUGCCCUGCAAGGAAACCUUUACGUGCUGUGAAAUCCUGCUUGAUAUGUUUGGUGUCAUAUUGUGAGCAGCACGUGGCGUCUCAUGCGACACGCUUCACCAAGCACACAUUGGUGCAGCCAUGGCACCAUCUGGAGGAAAGGAUGUGCAAGAAGCAUGAAAGGCCUUUGGAGCUCUUCUGUAGAUAUGACCAGACAUGUGUGUGUGUGUUGUGCACGGAUACAGAACACCAAUCACACCAUGCUGUACCUGUGGAGAGAGAGUGUGCAGAGAGGAAGACCAAGAUAUUGAAAUCCCAAUAUGAUAUUAAGCAAAUGAUUGAGCAGAGACUGAAGAAGGCCAAUGAAAUAAAAAAAUCUAUACAAAUGAGCAAAGAAAACACAGAAAGAGAGAUUGCAGACAGUAUAGAGGUCUUCACUGUUUUGGUGCACUGCAUUGAGAGAGGCCAGGCUGAGCUGGUAAAGAUGAUGGAGGAGAAGCAGAAAGCAGCAGAGAGACAGGCUGAAGAGCUCAUCAAAGAGCUAGAGAUAGAAGUCGCUAAACUAAAGGUUAAGAACUCAGAACUGGAACAGCUCGUUCAGUCUGAGGACAACCUUCAUCUCCUACAGAUUUUUCCGUCUCUUAGUCCAGUUCCUUACACUAAAGAUUGGAGAAGGACAAGAGUGAGCACCACACAAUGCUUGGGCCUGCUGAGGGAAGCUGUGGCUCACACAGAAGAGCUACUGGGGAUUCAGAUGCAUAAAAUCACUGCUAGAGAACUUGAAGCAAUAUCCCAAUAUGAAGUGGAUUUGACCCUUGACCCCAUCACAGCAAACCCUUGGCUGGAGGUAUCUGCAGACGGGAAGUGCGUGAAGGAUGGGAAUGUGGAGCAGAAGGUUCCAGAUGAUCCCAGACGGUUUGACACAGCGCCAUGCGUACUUGCACGAGAACCCAUGUCCAGAGGGAGGAGCUACUGGGAGGUGGAAGUGGCCAAUAAGACGGCUUGGGAUCUUGGCGUGGCCAGGCAGUCAGUCAACAGAAAGGGCCUUGUCAUGCUGAGCCCAAACGAUGGCUACUGGGCAAUCUGCCUGAGGAGGGGAAGAGAAUACAGAGCAUGUGAUGGUGAAUCAGUGCUGCUUUCUCUGCGCAUUCAGCCACAAAGAAUUGCCAUAUUUGUGAGUUAUGAGGAUGGACAAGUGUCAUUCUAUGACCCAGUAUCAAAAGUUCAUAUCUUUUCAUUUACUGGGCAGCGCUUUACUGAGGGUCUUCUGGCCUUCUUCAACCCUGAUGUGAAUGACUCAGGAAAUAAUAGAGCUCCUCUUAUUAUACGAACUGUUAGACAUCAGGCCAAUAAGUCUUACGAUAGUGUAACAAUAUGAAGUCUAAUUUGUUAAUGUGUGAAUUAAUCAGACAAAAAAAAAUCAAGUGAACUGAUCUGAUCACACAACCCCAAUUCCAAUGAAGUUGGGACAUUGUGCAAAACAUAAAUAAAAA